AUGCCAUCGAAGAAGAAGUCGACGGCGCACGACGCUGAGAAGGCCGAGGCGGCGCGACAGGCGGAGCUGCGCAAACUUGCAGAGGAGCAGGAGCGGCUGCGCAAGCUCGAGGAGGAGGCUCGCCAGCGGCUGGUGGAGGAGUGGAGCCGCGCGAUGGACGCCCACCGCCAGCGGCAGAUGGACAUCCAGCGCGCCAUCACCGAGCGUGAGCUGCGCCUUGCCUUCGAGGUCCGUGAGGAGGAGCUGCGCGACACGAUCGAGCAGAAGGGGUGUGAGGUGCGGGAGCUGCGCGCGAGGCUGAACGGGCUACAGCAGGGCACGAGUACAAUGCAGCAGGAACUGGAGUCCACACUGCGCCGUGUGUCGAUGCUUGGCAACGAACUCGAGCUCUCGCAGAUGAAACUCGUCGAGACGGAGGCUCUGCUGGAGAGGAAGGACCGCGAAACCCACGCGCAGUUGCGGGAGUUGGAGCAUCUCCACGACGCCGAGGUGGACGCACACCGCGCCCUGAAGGUCGAGCACGAGCGGCUCCGCCGCGCCUACGAGGAGCAGCAGGCGCAGCUGACGCUGCUGCAGACGUCGGGCGACUCCGGCGACCUCGACGCGCGGCUCGCCAGCGUCAAGCCGCAGAGCUCCGACGCGGAGACGGCGCUUCUGCUGAAGGUGCUGCACGAGGAGGUGGAAAAGCACCGCGAGGUGGCGCGGCUGCUGCAGGCGGAGCUCGAGCGCAAGGGCCGCGACGACGAGAAGGGCAGCGUGCUCAUCAGCCUCCUUAACUCGCAGCUCGAGGCGUCGCGCGACGAGUGCAAGCGACUACACGAGACUUCCACGGACCGCCGCCGGCAACUAGAGGCGGUGCAGUCGCUCCUCGACAGCGAACGCGACAGAACAAAGUCGCUCCACCGCGACCUCGACACGGCUUACGCGGAGGCGACCGUGGAGCGGCGGCAGUUAUCGCUCGAGAUCGGCGUGCACACAGCACAGGUGGGCGAGCUCACCAAGACGCUGGAGCGCACCAGCGCCGAGCUCGCAGAGGUGAAGGAGCAGUUCGACGCGCACCGCGCCAAGGCGACGGAGCGUGAGCAAUACGACUUCCAGGUGAAUGUCGCGCUCAAGGGCGAGGUGGAGCAGCUCAAGAAGGACCUCGCGCGGACCACGGAGGAGCUGCGCGUCGCCGGCGAUGACGCCUACACAAAGAAGGCGCUGCUGCGCGCGGAGAUCGACAGUCUCAAGACACGCCUGCAGAAGCUGCAGGAGAACGCGGAGAGGAACGAGCGUGAGUCCUUCGAGACAAUAGCGGUGCUGCGCGCCACAUCAGAGCGGCUGGAAGAGGAGAAGCGCACACUCACGGAGACCACAGAGGCGAAUACACGCAAGCUGCGCGACGAUCUAUUGACAGUGUGCGCUGAGCGCGACGCCGCACGCGCGCACGCCCAGGAGUUGCAGACGCAGAAGGACGCCGUCGAGAAGGACCUAUUCGAGCGGCUGCUGCGCAUGACGGCAAGCCACGACCAGCUGCACGAAGAACUGCAGCGCGUCACGUCGCGCUACGCCGGGCGCGAAAAGGAGUUCCUCGAGAACGCCAUCUUCCUCAACGCGGAGAGGGAGACGCUGCGGGCGAAGGUGGAGGAGCUCAGCGACACACUGUCACAGCGCGCGCGCGAGCAUGCGCAGCACGUGCAGGGCAUCACCGACGACCUUGCCGCUCUGAAGACGCGCGCGGAGGAGCAGCUGACGGUGCGGCAGAGGGCGCAGGAGAAGGAGGCGGCGCGUGCCACCAACGCCGAAGCGGAAGUGGCGGCACUGCAGCAGCGCGUUGCGGAGCUUGAGGUGCAGCUGGAGACGAGGCAGCGCGAGCGUCAGCGGGUGGAGCAGCUGCUGAAGGGUGAGGCGCGCGAGCUGCGCGUCGAGCUCAGUGCGGCAAAGCGCUCAAUCGAACGCUUUGAAUGUGCCCUCGGUGACGCCUCGUACAAGUCGCUGCGGGAGGCAAACGACAGUCUGCGCCGCGACUUGGAGCAGCAGCGCGAGAAGGUGGCGGUGCUGAAUGACACUAUUGCAUCUAUGAAGGUCGAGUCCACCAUCAUGGAGAGCUACAAGGAGAAGAUGCUCUCCGACCAGAACGAGCAAUACGCGCGACGUAUUCAACAGCAGGAGAAGAUGCGGCAGGCGAUGAACCCGUUAUUCUAUGAGCUGCGCUCAAUCGUGGAGAAGAAUGGGCUUGCCGGGCCGCUGCGCCGCGACCUCGACGCGUAUGACGAGCAACUGCGCCGCUCACGCCCACCCGCACCGCCACCGUCUGAGAAGCGCAUUUCACCCCAGGCGUCUGCCGAGAAGUCGGCGGCGGCGGCGGCUGUGGCGGUGAUAGCAACAGGAACAACAACGAACGCCAAGGGUGCGGCGCCGUCUGCAGAGGAGAGAUACUCAACGUUGCCUGCCGUUGCGCAUCCGAGGAGGUUGUCUGGUGACAGCUGCGAUCGGACGCACUUUGUGCCGCAGAAGCCAUCAACAGCACAGCCGCAACAGCAGUUUCCAAGUAUUUUCGGCAGCUGCACGCGUGGCGAGGGCAGCUCGUGA